AAAGAAUAAAAAAAAAAUCAAAAGAAAUUAAAAAAACGUAGAGAGGAAGAACAGUAGUUUCUACUGCUGUUAAGGUCUAAAUAUGUUUCGUCCGAUAAGCUCUUACUAUUCUCUUCUAUUAGUUUCCUUUCUUGUAGUUUCCUUUGCUAUAAGCAGCGUACUUAGUUGGGGUGUUAUCAACGUCAAGUACAAAUUCGCCGGCAGUCAACCUUCUCUUUUUGACUUGAAAGACCACGACAUCCGCCGUCAACUUCGAAUUCUCGCCGGCGUUGAUCUCCCUUUGGGCGGUUCCGGUCUACGUGAUGGACUUGGGCUUUAUUAUGCAAAAAUAGGGAUAGGAACACCUUCGAAGGAUUACUAUAUUCAAGUAGAUACAGGAAGUGAUAUAAUGUGGGUUAAUUGUAUUCAAUGUGAAGAAUGCCCCAGUAGAAGCUCCCUUGGUAUAGAUCUUACUUUGUAUGAUAUUAAGGAGUCUGCCACCGGCAAUUUGGUUUCAUGUGAUCAAGAGUUUUGUUAUGCAAUAAAUGGAGGUACAUCAGCUGGUUGUACGGCUAAUAUGUCCUGUCAGUAUCUUGAGAUAUAUGGAGAUGGGAGUUCCUCUGCAGGAUACUUUGUAAAAGACAUUGUACUAUAUGAUCAGGUGUCUGGCGAUCUCAAAACCUCAUCUGCAAAUGGAAGUGUUAUAUUUGGGUGUGGUGCAAUACAAUCAGGGAAUCUAGAUUCAUCUAAUGAAGAAGCACUUGAUGGAAUACUUGGAUUUGGAAAAUCUAAUUCAUCUAUGAUUUCCCAGCUUGCUUCAUCUGGAGAAGUGAAAAAGAUAUUUGCUCACUGCUUAGAUGGGGUUAAUGGAGGCGGUAUCUUUGCUAUUGGGAACGUUGUGCAACCAAAAGUUAACAUGACUCCAUUGGUACCAAAUCAGCCACAUUACAAUGUCAAUAUGACGGCAGUUCAAGUUGGUCAAGAUUUCCUGAAUUUUACAACAGAUGAAUUCGAGCCAGGAGACCAAAAUGGGACAAUAAUAGACAGUGGAACAACCUUGGCAUAUCUCCCAGAAAUGGUUUAUGAGCCAUUAGUAACUAAGAUACUCUCACAGCAGCCCCAUUUGGAGCUUCAAACAGUUCAUGAUGACUAUACAUGUUUUCAGUACUCUGAAAGUCUUGAUGAGGGAUUUCCAAAUGUCACCUUCCAUUUUGAAAAUUCAGUUGUUCUGAAGGUUUAUCCACAUGAGUACCUAUUCUCUUUUAAUGGUUUAUGGUGCAUUGGAUGGCAAAACAGUGGAAUGCAAUUCAGGGAUCGAAAGAAUAUGACCCUCUUGGGAGGUAUGCCUUCCAACCAUGGCUUUUUGCUACUUCUGAAAUGUAGACCCAUCCUUCCAAGUACAAUUGCUAUUCUUUUCAUUUACCUUCCACACUUGUGUUUAAUGCUGACUGUUAUUUGA